CCGACGUGUGCAGAAGUCCCUCUCCUCCAGGUACUAGCUCUCUAUUUCCGUGGAGAGAUUUCAGACUGAGGGACAGAGCGGCAACUGCCCUAUAGCCCUGCAGGUCUUCAGGUCUGUGGUUGUAGGCAUCAACCCAGACAAGAGAAGAAAAGACCUGCAGGAUCAGUGCAGGACAGGCAAAGGAGGGAGAAUCUCAACAUGGAAAAGAUCUACAAAGAAAACGAACAAGAGCCAGAGAACGAAGGAACCCUAGAAAAUGAGGGAAAGCCAGAAGAAGAAGUUGAUACAGAAGAUGAAGGAAAAUCAGAGGAGGAAGAAAAGCUGGAAGUGGAGGAGAAGCCAGGGUAUGAGGGAAAGCUCCAGAAUGAGGGGCAGCCAGAUGACGAAGGACAACCAGAAGAUGAGGGAAAGCAAGAAAAGCAGGGCAAGUCCAAAGAUGAGGGAAAACCACAUGGUGAGGGCAAGCCAGAAUCCCUGGCAAAGCCUGAGGGUGAGCCACGGGCUGCUGAAAAGCGCCCGGCUGAAGAUUACGUGCCCAGGAAAGCAAAAAGAAAAACAGACAGGGGGACGGACGAUUCCCCCAAGGACUAUCAGGAGGACUUACAGGAAAGGCACUUGGGCAGUGAGGAGAUGAUGAGAGAAUGUGGAGAUAUGUCAAGGGCUCAGGAGGAGCUAAGAAAAAAACAGAAAAUGGGUGGUUUUCAUUGGAUGCAAAGAGAUGUUCAGGAUCCGUUUGCCCCAAGGGGGCAACGGGGUGUCAGGGGAAUGAGGGGCGGAGGUAGGGGCCAGAAGGACUUAGAAGAUGUUCCAUAUCUUUAAUGCCUUUGGCCUUCAAUUCUGAUCUCUCUGAUGGGAAUAUUGCCAACCUUGCUUUCCCUGGCAGGCAUUUGCCAGGCUAUGUGCUUUAACCUUAUGCUGAUACUUUGCUUUAGGUGUCACUCUCGGUUACCAGCAGCAUUUUGACCCAACUGCAGCACUCUGUCUUUCAGUAGGGGACUUUCACCCAUGUGCAUGGAAGAGAGAUGUUGAUGGUACAUUGUAAAAUAUUAAUAAAAAAAGUUUUCAGAACU